GCUCAGUGCACCAGAGGUUUCCUGCCCAUGUCUAUAGGCCUGUCUAUAGGCCUGAGUGAGCUACACAACGGCAGAAAGACUCCGAAGAGAAGUCAAGAGCUGAGGAGGGACUCGUCUAUAAAACGAGGGCCCCUAUGGCGCCCAUCCUCCCAUCACCCAACCGCCUCCGCCGAUUCCACAUUUGUUACGACAUCUCAUUCGUUCCGAAGCCAGUUCACUCACUUGCGAGAACCAGCAAACAAAAAACCAUGAAGUCCUUCGUCGUUGUCGCUUGCCUUUUGGCUACUUUGGCUGCCGCCACCCCUGUCGAGCUCCAUAGUCGCAUGAUGCCACCGAUGGGCGGCGGUGGGAUGACCACCACCUCAUCAGUCUCGGAUGGACAACAGUCCAACACCCAGGCGUCUAGUUCUCCCUUUGGCUCGUCGUACUCCCACACGGAGAGCUCUCACCACGACGCACAAAGCUCGACUGUUGUUCAGUCCUUCGGCCCGCUCAUGAGCCAGAUUGGAUCGAUUAACAACAUGCUCAUGAACGGUGGCAUGAACACUAUGGUUGCCUCCCAAUCCAUGUCUACAAUUGCCAAUCAACUCCAGAGCGUCUUCUCUGGACUCAACACUUGCGGAUGUUUCCAACAAGGCUCCCAAGUCUUCACGAUGUUCAACGACAUGUUCGCGCAACUCUCGCAAAUGCUCAUUAGCAUGCAGAACACCUUUGGCGCCUCGGCUAUGGGUGGCAUUGUUUCCCCCUUGGGAAAUGUUGCGGGCUCCAUGUCCCAAUUUUUCACUCAACAACAGAGCAGCACCAACUGGAGCAGCAUGUCUACCAACAUCAUGCCAUUCAUCAACUGUGUCAGCCCUUUCGUGCAAGGAUUUUCCGGCCUCUCGCAAAUGUUUAAAUAGACGCGACUCUGGCGGUACCUCUUCAGCCUGUCGAUACCGACAAAGACUGCCGAUCAUGCAGUGGACACUUUAGGACUCCUUUUUCAUUCCGUUGUUGACGUGCCCUUUUCAAACCUGCGAAAUGCAAUUUCGCCAUUAUCUCUAAUAAUUAGGAUCUGUUGCCUUGCCCGAGUCCCACUUCCAACGUCCAACCGACGUGAGGAUAAGUAAGUUUGAGAAACGUCUGCCCGAAUUAGCCUUCCGAUGUGAA